AUGUUCGAGUCUCUACAGCCGGCCGCAUAUGCCAUUUCCUUUGUUUUCUGGGCGCUCUCUACAAUCCUGACGGGCUUGCGCAUCUAUUCACGAGGAUGGAUCAUCAAAGCUUUGGGCAAGGAUGAUUGGUGGAUGGUCAUGGUAUUAGUUUGUAAUACAGCACAACAAGGAUUGUUUUGCUCGUUUCUCUACUAUGGGGGAGGGCUGCAUAUUUCCCCAACGCCUGAUCCCACAAAGAUCAUGAUUCUCUCCAAGCUUCUCUUCGCUGAGGAAAUUGCAUAUAUCUGGAUGCAAUUCGCUAUCAAGACGGGCUUCUUACUCUUCUACCUCCGGCUCACUAGUCAAACCACCUUCAUCUACGGUGUGUAUGGGACAAUGGUAUUGAACCUCCUAGUCACCAUAACGUUAUGGUUGCUCUACUGUCUCCAAUGCAUGCCCUUGGCUGCCUUUUGGAACAGUGCGGCAUAUCCGGACGCCAAGUGUUUGCCAACAUCAGUUACCUACUACGUGCCCGUCUCGCUGUGCAUCCUCAUGGACUUCAUUAUCCUCACCCUCCCUAUCCGCCCCCUUUGGAAAAUUCAAGCAAGUGCCGCCCGCCGACUGGGCAUCAUUGCCACCAUCACAGUCGGCGGCAUCGCUGUCAUUGUCUCCUGCCUGCGCAUCAUCAUCCUUCACCGGUUUGCAGUCGAUCCAGAUUUCACAUAUAUCCUCGGUCAAAUGGUCAUAAUCUCGGCCAUCGAGCUAAACGUUGCAAUCACCGCUGCUAGCGUGCCAUCCCUGAAAGCCAUCUGGUGCAAGCAUAUCAGCAAGACGCUAACAGACCAAACGACCUCCGUCCAGCUCUCCGCGCGCGGAAAGCAAGGACAUUCGAGUAGCGAUGCGGGACCGACAAUCUUCUACCAAAGAGGAGAGCCAGACUUGGAUCAGGCGGAUCUAACGGAUUCAUCAUCGACGAAUAAUUUGGUUACCGGGCAAGGGAGUUUUGAUUGGGUUGAUAUUUCGUCCAGGAAGGAGCCCAUCGCUUCACGGCACAGUAUUGAGCGGCCUGAUGGCUCUCGAGGUCUGCGCUGA